AUAAGCUGGUUUGCCAACGACCAAUCAAAUCAAAAGAAGAAGGAGAAGUCUGAGCUAUUGUCGCGUGCUACAAACAACAUGACAGCGGUGGGUUUUUGUGGAAAAUGGUUUAUUUCCACCUGCGACAAGAAACUCGUUGCAGUUCACACUAAACAGAACAGCGAACCAUUCAUUUUUGACUGCAGCACUGCUGAGAAGAGGCCAAAGAAUACAAAGAAUGACAACAGUGAUGAUGGUGCCUUGGAGGAAAUGGGAAGUGACACAGUCCUUGCGUUCACAGUGUCUCCCUCUGGAAAUCUGGUGGCACUGACUGAUGACACCAAGAGACUGGUUUUAUUUCAUUGUGAGCCUUCAUGGCAGUGUAUCAGCAUCAGAUGGGUGGCUAGGAGGUGCACGACCCUUGUGUUCAGCAAGGCUGAAGAUGAGCUGCUGGUGGCUGAUAAAUCAGGAGACGUGUACUCCUUCUCGGUGGUGGAACCGCAGAGGGAUGGUGAGCUGAAGAUGGGACACCUGUCCAUGUUGCUAGCUAUAACUAUGUCACCGGAUGACAAAUACAUCAUCACAGCUGACCGUGAUGAGAAGAUCAGAGUGAGCCACUUCAGGUGUCCAUACAACAUCCAGUCCUUCUGCCUGGGACAUCAACAGUUUGUCAGUGCCUUGCUGGUCCCAUCAGCUCAACCCCACUGUCUGCUGUCUGGAUCAGGGGACGGGACUUUGAAGCUGUGGGAGUAUGAGUCUGGCCUUAGGCUGCAAAGCUGGGACCUCAAAGAACUUGAAGAGACACCAAGCUCUAAAGAUGACAAAGAGAAGAGGCCAACUGUUUGUCGUAUCAUCAGCUCCCCUGAUGGAUGUCUCAUUGCUGUGCAGUGUGAAAGAGUAUCUGCAGUUCAGUUUUUCACCCUGGACCUGGUGGGUAAAGAGAAGCUUAUGCCACAUAGUCGGCUGUCCUUGCCACACUGUCCCCUCGACAUGACCUUUGACUCAGAGAAACAGCUCUGGGUGCUGAUGGAGUCCAAUGAUGCACCACUCCAAAUCUUCUCACACAGACAAGGCUCCUGGGAGUGUGAUUCUGAGAGCCCUGAACUCCGCACAGUCACUGAAGUCUUCAUGCCACAUUGGGAAACAAUUGAAGAUCCAGGGCCUCUGUGGCCGCACCAUGGAAUGCAGUUUGUGGAUCGCGCACCGUGGGUCGUGGUGUUGGAUCCAGUGUGGCGGAUUCUGUGUCAUGUGGGCUGAUCGUGGUUCUGGUGGCGGACCAUGGGUCGCGUUGGCAUUGGGUAAGGGCAGUGGACCAGGACCGAGCUGGUGGCUCCUGGUGGGCGGCGGUGGACGGUGACUGAGGUCUGGAGUGGUGUCUGGUCUGGUUGGUGGAUCGUGGUCCUACUGGUUGCUGAGCAUGGACUGUGAUUGCAGCGGGACUGCUUGGCAUGUCAUGUUGGUGUUGUCCUUCGGGAUGUCUACCCUCAUCAAAUGCUGCUAGAGACUUUGAUUAUUGAUGAUGUUUUCCUACACGUGGCAUCUAUUGCACUUCUGUCUGUCAUG